AUGCAGACUCUCACGGAUCUCGAGAAUGGUCUUAUUGGCUGGGAUGGUGAGCGUGACCCGGAGAACCCCUUGAACUUCACGUCUGCAAGGAAGUGGCUGAUCACCAGCAUACUAUCGGCCAUUGGGUUUAUGACUCCGUUUGCCUCAUCCAUCAUAGCCCCCGCGACAUCUUUUAUUCAGAAGGACUUCGGGGUCAGCAAUCUGACAAAGGGUGCUCUUCCAGUGAGCAUUUUUUUGUUAGGUUAUGCAGUGGGACCUCUAUUUCUAUCGCCCUUGUCCGAGAUAUAUGGCCGCUACAUCAUCAUAACUGUUUCCAGUACCUUCUUCUGUGCGUGGCUGAUUGGUUGUGCUCUUGCUCCUUCAUUGAACACACUCAUUCUCUUUCGCUUUCUGUGCGGUGUCGGCGGUUCUGCCUCUCAGACUAUUGGAGGGGCCACGAUAGCAGAUCUUUUCCCCAUUCACGAGCGUGGCCGAGCUUUGGGUAUCUGGUCACUUGGGCCGAUCCUAGGGCCUUCUUGUGCACCUGUCAUUGGUGGAUUUGUUGCUGAAUCGAUAGGGUGGCGGUGGGCUAAUUGGAUCACUCUAAUUCCUGCCUUUCUCAUAGUGGUAUUAAUAGCUAUUAUCAACUGCGAAACCAAUCACCGGGUCUUGAUCGAACGGAAGACAGCCAGAACACGCCAGCAGCUUGACCGACCCGAGCUUCAGAGUUGUUUCGCCGAUCGUAGUAUUCCUCGCUUGUCGAAAGAGGAUAUAAUUCUUGGAGGUUUAACUAGACCUCUAAGAUUGCUUUUUGGUUCUGCCAUUGUGUUUGGCAUAUCUCUUUAUAUCGCAUUUGCAUAUGGGUGUCUCUAUCUUCUAUUCAACACUAUCCCUAUUGUCUUCCAGGACCACUAUGGUUGGUCUAUUGGCAUUACAGGCAUCGUAUACCUGGCCCUUUUGAUUGGAUAUAUCAUCGGCCUGUUCAUCUUUUUGACCAUGUCUGACAAGACUAUAGUCUGUAUGACUGAGGCUAAUGGUGGGGUAUACGAACCUGAGAUGCGACUUCCUGUCUGCAAUUAUUUCGCUUGUCUACUACCGAUUGCCUUCUUUUGGUUCGGCUGGAGCAGCGAGAAAGGCAGUCUUUGGAUCGUACCGGUCCUUGGGCUUGUGGUAUUUGGCAUCGGAUUUGAGUGCAUCUGGCUGCCGACUCAGGCAUUUAUUGUCGAUGCGUACCCUCAAUGUGCUGCUAGUGCACUCGCUGCUUUCACUGUAAUGCGAAGUGUGGUUGCUGCAUUCCUUCCCUUAGCUGGACCGCAAAUGUACCACGCCUUGGGGCUUGGCUGGGGAAAUACUGUUUUGGGGUUGAUAGCUUUAGUACUUGUGCCAGUUCCUUUAGUUAUCUACAAAUUCGGCAAAACUAUCAGGAAGCACGAGCGUUGGAAGCUAUAG